UCCACCACAAUCAUGAACGACACAGUAACUAUCCAGACCAGGAAGUUCAUGACCAACCGACUACUUCAGCGGAAACAAAUGGUUAUCGAUGUCCUUCACCCUGGGAAGGCAACAGUACCUAAGACAGAAAUUCGGGAAAAACUAGCCAAAAUGUACAAGACCACACCAGAUGUCAUCUUUGUAUUUGGAUUCAGAACCCAUUUUGGUGGUGGGAAGACAACUGGCUUUGGCAUGAUUUAUGAUUCCUUGGAUUAUGCAAAGAAAAAUGAACCCAAACACAGACUUGCAAGACAUGGCCUGUAUGAGAAGAAAAAGACCUCAAGAAAACAGCGAAAGGAACGCAAGAACAGAAUGAAGAAAGUCAGGGGAACUGCGAAGGCCAAUGUCGGUGCUGGCAAAAAGUGAGCUGGAGAUUGGACAACAGAAGGAGUAAAGAUUCUGCAGUGACUUUAUCUGUGGUAAUUGUGGAGAUUUUUCAUGAGAGGAUUAAUAAACUAAGAACUUCUAAAAAAAAAAAAAGAA